AUGAACCACCUCGGACUUCUCCAAAACUCACCGACUUUAUUAAAUCAAAUUAUUUAUAUUUCUUAUAUUGUUGUCACUAUUGUAUUUAUAGUAUGUGGUGUUCUACUUUUGCCUAUUUAUAUUUAUGUCGUUAAGAUUAAUAAAUCCAGAGAUAAGGAAAUUCACUUGUUUGCGCUGACAACUCUAUUUUACGGGAUGAUUGUGCAAAUGUAUUUAAUAGCAACAAUAUUCGUUAUCUUCUAUUUAGUGCUCAAUUUUGAAGAUGAUAUAGUUGGUGCAUCUAAAACAAUUCUCACAUUCCUUUUUGUAUACCAACUUUAUAUUACUACUCAAGUCUUCCAAAUUAUGUUGCUGAGAGUUGCUCUUGAGAGAUUCAUCGUUUUCUUUUUCCCGGAGCUUGAAAAAUAUUUGAAAACCCUGGUGUUCAAAAGAAAAUGGAACAUAUAUGUGCUAGUAGCUAGUAAAGAAAUACUUUUACUGUAUUGGCAUUUCACAAGUAGUGAGUAUUACGACCACAUGUUUGUAGUUUGGUUUUCGAGACUCUCAAUAAUAUGGUUUGCAAUCGUUCUUCUCGCCAGUUUUUGCUACAUUCCUAUUUUAAUAAAAGCCACGCCAACGCACAAGACUAAGCUUCAGAAGUAUUUGUGCUGGCUGACUAUGCAAGUAUUAUGUGUUAAACUGGCCUAUCUCCCGCUUCUCAUCCCAUACGCCGGCUCCAUUCAGGUCCUCGCUUGCAGUUUGAUUGGUUUAGACAUUUUCACAUUGCCAUUCAUUAUUGAAGUAUCAUAUUUGAUAUGUGAUAAGAGGAACAUGAGAGUAGCGAUAUCUCUGGUCAAACGGUUCCAAAUUGCUGUAGGAUAUUUAUGUGGUAGCCGAGGAGAAGCUACGGUACACCCUGCAGAAAUCCAGAGAGAAAGAGUGAAUUCUGUGUUGCCAUGA